AUGGAGAUGUUUCAUAUCCGGGCAUUUCUAUCAGGAUCUCUAAACACAUCCAGAGACCAGCUCUGAGUUUUCCACCAAAUUAGUGCUUUUGGCAUUCCUUUGAUAUUGUCAAUAGACACUGUGAACCAACAUUUAAUUUCAAAUGGCUGUUAAUUGAAAUUAUGUGCCUUUUAAGUUAGACCGCAUAGAUACUUCAGCAAAUAAGUAAAUAAAAUAAUGUUCAGAUAAUGAUCAUUCAGUAUUAUUAAUAAGGUAAAUCCAAGGUGUGUUUGGUGUUCAUGCUUUGAAUUGCGACACUGAUGUGUAAUUAUGUAAUCUUAGUACCUAAUUAAUAGAAUGGAUGUCAAGUCACCUGGUCGGAUGAAGAUUUUUUUUUAGAUUAAGUGAUACAGACAAUGUGUGUGACUGAAGAACGUGAACAGAUAAUGUGAACAGAUACCGUGUGGGGAUGUCAACUGACAUCACACCAGCAGUAGCCGAGAUUUCUGGGAAAAUGAUGCGGAAAUACUUCCAGUUCUUGAAAGUUAUAUAUAUCUGCUAUAAUGUUUCAAAUAAUCUUUGUCUACAAAAUUGAUCAGAGAGCCUGAGAUAUUCCCCAUUUAAACAUUCUUGCCAGUCCAUCUAUCAGUUUCCAUUGACUUGUCAUGUCCUCAUACUCUCUUUAAACCCUUGAGGAAAUGUCUUUCCCACCCUGGACUAGACAAUACUAUUCUGGUAUUGUUCUGUGAAGGAUGACGAGGAGGAGACAAGUCAUGUUAUUGUUUAGAGGCAGGAUUCCACACAGUGCCCCUUUAAAUAUUACAAAUAAUACAGUUUCAGGUCUGCUUGACAUUGUUUGAAAACCCAAGAGACAUGCAGUGUUAGUCCAACAGAACAACACAUUUUAGUAGUAGUCAGCAGUCUACAUUCUUGAGGCAUUUUCUUUUCUGCAGUCAAUCAUCCAGCCCAAGGUGCUGGUAAUCACUCAUCAGUGUGUUGGGUAAUAUUGCUGUGUGACUGAUACAUUGACUCCAAGCCAUUCUCUACCUAGUUUAAGGUCUCUAUAAGCCUUGACUUGGGAGGUUGGCGUGUGUUCGUGUGUGUGUCCUGUAUUUUCGCUCUGGUUCUGAUGGACUUUUUGAGAGGCCCUGUUCUUCCAGUGUGAUGACGAGUAGAGAGAGGUUGGCCUUGGCAGUCCCCCGGCUGUAGUUGUCCAUCUGCCCCCACCCCUCCGCCAUGCUGGCCUGCCUGCAGAGGAGGCAGAACCCUCCCAUCCCUUCUUCCCAACACCCCCUGUGCGCCAGCAAGUCCUUGGAGCCGCAUCAGGCCCUCAGCCGAAAAUGUGAGUCGGCGGUUCCCAUGCAUUCCCCCCGCUACCCCAGCGUGGCGGAGCUCGAUGCCUAUGCCCAGAAGACGCAGAGCAGCCCGCUCUCCAUCAAGAUCUUCCCCACCAACAUCAGGGUCCCCCAGCACAAGCACCUUAAUCGGACUGUGAAUGGCUUUGACACCACAGGGAGCCAGCGCUACAGCCCCUACCCACACUUCCACACAGGAGGAUACACAGGCCUCCUGGCCAUUGUCAAGGCCUCCUCCGCUUCCUCCCCCUUCGCCCCAACUAAGGGCGUCCUCAAGAACCUGGAAGGCCGGCGGACUAAGCUCUCCCCAGCCCAAAUAGCUGUGGCCCCGUAUCCGCCCCCCAGCAGUAGCACUUUAUCCAAUGGCACCGGCCAGAUGGUGUACCACACAGGGCCCUCGAAGCCCCCCGAGGGGCCCUGCCUCUCCCGCUCUGUGCCCCCUAACGUCACGGUGGCCGGCUCCGUGAUCCCUGUGACGGGGGGCCGUGGCCUGGCCCAGCUCCUCCCCCAGUCCAACCUGCCCUCCAUCCAGAGUAUCAUCUAUCAAAUCAACCAGCACUGCCAGGCCCAGGCUCUUCAGCAAGUGUGCCAGGGCGCCGGCACCUCCACCAACCCCAGCCCCUCCAAGCAGGGCGCGGGCGGCGCGAUGGGGGUGUCGUCCAGCUCCUCGGGGGGUGGCUACGUGGCGGGAAUGGCGCCUAACCCGGUGUACACUGCGGCGGGGCUGCCCCUGGGGGCCCACAGCGGAGAGGCCAUGAAGGCCGGGGUGUAUUCGGAUGGCGUGGACUACAUCCUGUGGCAGAAGCAGCAGCAGCAGCAGGCGGUCCUGCGCAUGUACAGUGGCGGCAGCGGCGGUGGUGGGGCCAUCAGUAAGUCCCCCGAAAGCUGCGGGGCCCCGGGGGGAGGGGGCAUCAUGGCCCAGGCCCAGGUGUCCUCCUCCUCCUCCAGGCCCUACCACCUGACAGCGGGCGGGGGCAGCGGUGGGGGCAUGGGCUGCCUGGACAAGGUCAGCUCCUCCCCCCUGAACUGCGUGGGCAUGCACGGCAACUUCUCCGUGGGCCAGUACUUCGCGCCGCCGUGGAACAGCGUGCUGGUCACCCCUGACAGUGACUGUUACAACCCCCACCAGGAGCUCCUGGGGACCUCCAACGGGGGGCCGGCCACGGGGGGGCACAGGGAGAUGGGUUACCCGCACCACCACCACCACCACCACCACCACCAUGCGCACCACCCGCACCCCGCCAUGGACACCGGGAGCGGGGCGGGCCCGUGCUGUGGGCUGCCCAGUAAGAGCCAGCCGUGCAACACGUCGGUGCUGAGCAGCAGCCUGCAGUCUCUGGAGUACCUGAUCAACGACAUCCACCCGCCCUGCAUCAAGGAGCAGAUGCUGGGCAAAGGCUACGAGACCGUGUCGGUGCCGAGACUGCUGGACCACCAGCACGCACACAUCCGCCUCCCGGUUUACAGAUAGAUGCGGAGGUUGGG